AUGAGUGCGACGUCGAAGAUGUUCUCCCUUGCAGUUCUUGAAUGGCUACUAGAUAGACUCCAGGCGCACACGAAGCUCGAGUAUCUGAUGCUCUCUGACAUCCUUGUCACCCAGAAUUCGCUUGCGCAGUCGCUGGUGGCGGCGCCGGAACUUCUUCUGAGCCGUGUUAAGGUUCAAAUCGGCGAUGGUGUACUUUCAUCAUCUAAGCCAUUACCGCCCCCAUCCACACGCCCACUUGCCAAGCUCGAGGUCGCUGAAUAUUCAAACAGUCCAAGGCUCUGCACGCUCUUCGGCCGACCCGACUUCGAGCACUACCUGCAAUUUGUUCAAGAUUUGCAAAUCUACGCCUAUUGUCAGGAGCAACUUUCGCCCUGCUUUGUGGCCGCUUCAAUGCUCGAGCGACUUAGCUGUGAAUUUCAUUACCUGUUCGAAGAACGUGUCAGGCUCCCCGCUUGUUUACCGCGUUUGCGCGAGCUCAGCCUUGAAAUCAACUCCUUAUCUCCUUUUAUUCCCCGACUGUUGUCUGAAGGCAGCCUCCCGGUGCUGCUCAACCUUCAAAUCCGACUACGUGUAACUUCACACGCGCUACGAGACAUGGACAACGAGUUUCAUUCUCCCAGCGGCCACUGGCAGGUGCUACCAGAGUUGGACGACGCGUUGAUUGCACAUCCCACGGUCAAAAAGUUCGUGUUGACCUUGAUGGGAGAUACUUCUUGGCCAGAAGAGGAGGAUAAGAUAGGAUACCCCGGACUUAUGACAGUGGCAUCGAGCAAACUAGCAGUAAAUUUGAACCCCAACUCCGCCCUCGAAGGCGUCCUCGAUUUUUUCUUCCGAAGCCUAUCUAUUCCCCUUCAGCCCCACCAGAUUCGCGAAAUGUCGUUGAAAAUCCCUCCAGAAGUCGCUAUCCACCACCUUGUCCAAUGCAUCAAUGAACUUGAGAAAACCCAGAAAGACACAUUGCACGACAUCAGAAUAACUAUUCACAAAGACACUCUGCGCUACCAGCAAUUUAUGGCCAAUGGCGCUCAGGCAGCAGCCGCGACAAUCAUUAGUUUCAUCGAGCGGCCAAUCGCCGACCGCGCAAAUCUAGUUCAAGCCGAAACGGGUUUACACCAUGUUGGCGCUGCAACAUUUGCCGACAACCAAGGAAACGCUAAACAAGGCGACAACGGGUUUCUUCCACAGAAUACCCGGCGGUUCGACUGGCCGACGGUUGUGGUCAGAGUAGGCUACAACCAAAGUUUGCCGAGCCUGUAUCAAGAUGUGGAUGAAUGGUUCACCAUGAGUGCCGACCAUCGCUUCCCGGUUAAAUUGGUCAUCCUCAUCAAACUUUUCGACAAAACGCAGCAAAUGAGGGUCGAAUUCCUUGAACGCGCUUCUGUGCCCAACCCCACACUUCCGUACCAUGCUAGUCGUGUUCCUGGCCUGGGGCCGUACGAGUGGGACCAGGCCUCAAUUUCCACAACAAAUCCAAGUGCAAUGCCUAAGUGGGACAUCCCCCUUCAUCUAAUCUAUGACAACAUCCCAAACUUCCUGACGGGACCAUCGCUGGUCCGCGUGAAUUGCCAAAUUGUUUACGAAUGGGUUGGGUCGGUGCUGCAAGAAUUGUAA